AUGAACAGAGGGAUCAACGACAGCAAGGAUCUACCGGAGGAAUAUCUGUCGGCCAUCUACGACGAGAUCGCAGGGAAGAAGAUCGCUAUGAAGGAGACCAAGGAAAUUACUCUCAAAUCCAACAAGCACAGUGCGUAUCUCUGUCCCUCUGUGUCUGCCAGCACAAAAUGUCAUUACAGACUGAAAUUGAGCGUGUCAAAGAUGAUUUUGUUCAGACGUCAAGACAUGAAAUGCCUAUUUUGAGGUGUAAUGGAUCUUUCUCAAGUUAUCAGCUUUAGAUUUAACCGACGAGAGUCAUUUUAUAUGAUAUCUUUGUGGAGAUCAUAGAAUUCUCAUCACAAUCAAAGAGAUAUAAAGGGGAUUAAGAUAUAGUUUGAUUAGAUUGUAUUACUGAUCGGUGGAAAAGUUUGAGAUAGUGUCUGUUGUUCAAUGGGGAAAGUUUCUGAGUGUAUUAUUUCCAGUUAGUGAUGUUUAUCAUCUUCACGUGUUUGUGCAAGUGGCUUCCUCUCGUCUCCUCUAUGAUAUGCACUGAUCUGAAAAUAUAGGCAAAAGCUAUAUGGAGGAAGCAUUUAAUCUGAUCCUGGAUCAGGUGUAGCCAGUAAGAAGCAGAGACUGUUUGUUGAUGUUUUGCCUUUACCUCUGUUCCUGGAUCAGGUGUGGCCAGUGAGAAGCAGAGGCGGCUGCUGUAUAACGUAGAGAUGGAGCAGAUGGCUAAGACAGCCAAGGCCCUGAUGGAGGCAGUCAGCCACGUCCAGGCUCCCUUCACCAGCGCCACACACCUGGAGCAUGUCAGACCCAUGUUCAAGCUGGCCUGGACCCCGUUCCUAGCAGCCUUCAGUGUGGGCCUCCAGGACUGUGAUGACACUGAGGUGGCUUUUCUCUGUCUGGAGGGAAUACGCUUUGCCAUCCGGAUAGCCUGCAUCUUUACCAUACAGGUAAUCUAGCUAGCACGCUAACAUUGUAUGUGUUCAAAUGGUGUGUUUCCCAAACAUUAUUGUAAUGUAUUUAUUACGUUUAUUUGGCAGGGACAAUGUACCACAGCACAUACGUCCCAGAGUAGCUGACAGCUAAUUUCCAUCUGCAGUCCCCGGCAGCUGAACAUAUAAACAUGACAACAUUAUGUACAAACAGACAUUUAAACCCAUUGAUCUGGACAUACAGUCACUUUACAACACAGAAAUCAACACAUUUCACAUACGUCAUAGAAACAACAUUGCUGUGGGACCUGAUAAUAUUUGUAAAGCACCUAUUCAAAUGAUUAAAAAUACACAUAGCCCAGUUAUUACACCUAUUUAGAUUAUACGUGUGUGUCUUAGUGUGUCUCGGCAUGAUCUAAAACCUUAUGGAGAGAGUAAUGCAGUACUCUCUCUCUCUCUCUCACACACACACACACACACACAGCUGGAACGGGAUGCGUAUGUGCAGGCCCUGGCGCGGUUCACCCUGCUCACAGCCAGCUCUGGCAUCACUGAGAUGAAGCAGAAGAACAUCGACACCAUCAAGACCCUCAUCACCGUCGCCCACACAGACGGAAACUACCUGGGCAACUCCUGGCACGAGGUCUGAACCCGCUGCCCACAUUUCGUCUCAUUUUUCAGUCUAGUAAUCAAAUUAGCUGCUAUAGUAUCACUGUCAGUAUUGCUGUUCUAAGCUAUAUUGCAUAAUUUUGUCUCCAUUUUGUUUAUUUUGAUAUGGAAUCUAUGUGAUAAAUAUGUUUCUCUGUCAACUAAUUAAGAGUGAUGAAUAGAUAUAUAAAUAUAGCUGUGAAAAUGAAUGAAUAACUAAGUGAAUGUAUGGGUGCCUAUGUCCCCCACCACCCUACAGUCGUGGUCAAAGGUUUUGAGAAUGACACAAAGUUUGCUGCUUCAGUGUUUUUAGAUAUUUUUGUCAGAUGUUACUAUGGUAUACUGAAGUAUAAUUACAAGCAUUCCAUAAGUGUCAAAGGCUUUUAUUGACAAUUACAUUAAGUUUAUGCAAAGAGUCAAUAUUUGCAGUGUUGACCCUUCUUUUUCAAGACCUCUGCAAUCCGCCCUGGCAUGCUGUCAAUUAACUUCUGGGCCACAUCCUAACUGAUGGCAGCCCAUUCUUGCAUAAUCAAUGCUUGGAGUUUGUCAGAAUUUGUGGGGUUUUGUUUGUCCACCGCCUCUUGAGGAUUGACUACAAGUUCUCAAUGGGAUUAAGGUCUGGGGAGUUUCCUGGCCAUGGACCCAAAAUGUCAAUGUUUUGUUCCCCGAGCCACUUAGUUAUCACUUUUGCCUUAUGGCAAGGUGCUCCAUCAUGCUGGAAAAGGCAUUGUUUGUCACCAAACUGUUCUUGGAUGGUUGGGAGAAGUUGCUCUCGGAGGAUGUGUUGCCAUUCUUUAUUCAUUGAUGUGUUCUUAGGCAAAAUUGUGAGUGAGCCCACUCCCUUGGCUGAGAAGCAACCCCACACAUGAAUGGUCUCAGGAUGCUUUACUGUUGGCAUGACACAGUACUGAUGGUAGCGCUCACCUUGUCUUCUCCGGACAAGCUUUUUUCCGGAUGCCCCAAACAAUUGGAAAGGGGAUUCAUCAGAGAAAAUGACUUUACCCCAGUCCUCAUCAGUCCAAUCCCUGUACCUUUUGCAGAAUAUCAGUCUGUCCCUGAUGUUUUUCCUGGAGAAAAAUGGCUUCCUUGCUGCCCUUCUUGACACCAUCCUCCAAAAGUCUUCGCCUCACUGUGCGUGCAGAUGCACUCACACCUGCCUGCUGCCAUUCCUGAGCAAGCUCUGCACUGGUGGUGCCCCGAUCCCGCAGCUGAAUCAACUUUAGGAGACGGUCCUGGCGCUUGCUGGACUUUCUUGGGCGCCCUGAAGCCUUCUUCACAACAAUUGAACCUAUCUCCUUGAAGUUCUUGAUGAUCCGAUAAAUGGUUGAUUUAGGCGCAAUCUUACUAGCAGCAAUAUCCUUGUCUGUGAAGCCCUUUUUGUGCAAAGCAAUGAUGACGGCACGUGUUUCCUUGCAAGUAAUCAUGGUUAACAGAGGAAGAACAAUGAUUUCAAGCACCACCCUCCUUUUAAAGCUUCCAGUCUGUUAUUCUAACUCAAUCAGCAUGACAGAGUGAUCUCCAGCCUUGUCCUCGUCAACACUCUCACCUGUGUUAACGAGAGAAUCACUGACAUGAUGUCAGCUGGUCCUUUUGUGGCAGGGCUGAAAUGCAGUGGAAAUGUUUUUUGGGGAUUAAGUUCAUUUUAAUGGCAAAGAGGGACUUUGCAAUUAAUUGGAAUUCAUCUGAUCACUCUUCAUAACAUUCUGGAGUAUAUGCAAAUUGCCAUCAUAAAAACUGAGGCAGCAGACUUUGUGAAAAUUAAUAUUUGUGUCAUUCUCAAAACUUUUGACCACAACUGUACAGAUAAUGAAGUGUAUCAGUCAGUUGGAGCUGGCCCAGCUGAUCGGGACGGGGGUGAAGGCCAGGUACAUCUCAGGGACGGUUCGGGGGAAAGAGGGCUUCAUCACCAGCACCAAGGAGCAGAGCAACGACGAAUACCUGGGCCUGGGUCAGUGCUUAUCCCUUUAACGCAUGUUUUGGUUAUAAACUGGUGAAAUAAAUGGUAGUUAACAAGCAGGUGAUGUGCUUGACUCAAUAACAUGCUUGGUAACAUGCUUGACUCUGGAGAUGCUUGGUAACAUGCUUGACUCUGGAGAUGCUUGGUAACAUGCUUGGUAAUAUGCUUGACUCUGGAGAUGCUUGGUAACAUGCUUGACUCUGGAGAUGCUUGGUAAUAUGCUUGACUCUGGAGAUGCUUGGUAACAUGCUUGACUCUGGAGAUGCUUGGUAAUAUGCUUGACUCUGGAGAUGCUUGGUAACAUGCUUGACUCUGGAGAUGCUUGGUAAUAUGCUUGACUCUGGAGAUGCUUGGUAAUAUGCUUGACUCUGGAGAUGCUUGGUAAUAUGCUUGACUCUGGAGAUGCUUGGUAACAUGCUUGACUCUGGAGAUGCUUGGUAACAUGCUUGACUCUGGAGAUGCUUGGUAACAUGCUUGACUCUGGAGAUGCUUGGUAAUAUGCUUGACUCUGGAGAUGCUUGGUAACAUGCUUGACUCUGGAGAUGCUUGGGAAUAUGCUUGAUGCUGGAGAUGUGACUGACUGUCCUGUGGUCCACAGCAGGUGGGACAGUAGACCGGAAGCAGAUCCUCAGUAUCCAGGAGUCCAUAGGAGAAACCAGCUCCCAGAGUGUGGUGGUGGCUGUGGACAGGUAGUGUACUGUAGUGGUCUCUUAUAGAUCCUGCUGUAUUACCAUUGACUGGUUUGGAGUCUUAACUCUGCUAUUGUUCUAUCAUUUGAAUGAAUGUACUGUAAAUGUUUUAAACAUGAUUGAUUAAGAUUGCACUUAACGAGCUGUAUAAGGCCAUAAGUAAACAGGAAAACGCUCAUCCAGAGGCAGCACUCCUAGUGGCCGGGGACUUUAAUGCAGGGAAACUUAAAUCCGUUCUACCUCAUUUCUACCAGCAUGUUAAAUGUGCAACCAGAGGAAAAAAAACUCUAGACCACCUUUACUCCACACACAGAGACAUACAAAGCAUACAAAGCUCUCCCUCGCCCUCCAUUUGGCAAAUCUGACCAUAACUCUAUCCUCCUGAUUCCUGCUUAUAAGCAAAAACUAAUGCAGGAAGCACCAGUGACUCGGAUAAUAAAAAAGUGGUCAGAUGACGCAGAUGCUAAGCUACAGGACUGUUUUGCUAGCACAGACUGGAACAUGUUCCGGGAUUCUUCAGAUAGCAUUGAGGAGUACACCACAUCAGUCACUGGCUUCAUCAAUAAGUGCAUCGAUGACGUCGUCCCCACAGUGACCGUACGUACAUACCCCAUCCAGAAGCCAUGGAUUACAGGCAACAUCCGCGCUGAGCUAAAGGGUAGAGCUGCCGCUUUCAAGGAGCAGGACUCUAACCCGGACGCUUAUAAGAAAUCCCGCUAUGCCCUCCGAUGAACCAUCAAACAGGCAAAGAGUCAAUACAGGACUAAGAUUGAAUCAUACUACACCGGCUCUGACGCUCGUCGGAUGUGGCAGGGCUUGAAAACUAUUACAGACUACAAAGGGAAGCACAGCCGUGAGCUGCCCAGUGACACAAGCCUACCAGACGAGCUAAACCACUUCUAUGCUCGCUUCGAGGCAAGCAACACUGAAGCAUGCAUGAGAGCACCAGCUGUUCUGGAUGACUAUGUGGUCACGCUCUCCGUAGCUGAUGUGAGUAAGACUGUUAAGCAGGUCAACAUUCACAAGGCUGCAGGGCCAGACGGAUUACCAGGACGUGUACUCCGAGCAUGUGCUGACCAACUGGCAAGUAUCUUCACUGACAUUUUCAACAUGUCCCUGACUGAGUCUGUAAUACCAACAUGUUUCAAGCAGACCACCAUAGUCCCCGUGCCCAAGGACACUAAGAUAACCUGCCUAAAUGACUACCGACCCGUAGCACUGAUGUCUGUAGCCAUGAAGUGCUUUGAAAGGCUGGUCAUGGCUCACAUCAACACCAUUAUCCCACAUCAACACCAUUAUCCCAGAAACCCUAGACCCACUCCAAUUUGCAUACCGCCCCAACAGAUCCACAGAUGAUGCAAUCUCUAUUGCACUCCACACUGCCCUUUCCCACCUGGACAAGAGGAACACCUACGUGAGAAUGCUAUUCAUUGACUACAGCUCAGUGUUCAACACCAUAGUGCCCUCAAAGCUCAUCACUGAGCUAAGGAUCCUGGGACUAAACACCUCGCUCUGCAACUGGAUCCUGGACAUCCCGAGGGCCGCCCCCAGGUGGUAAGGGUAGGUAACAACACAUCUGCCACGCUGAUCCUCAACACGGGGGCCCCUCAGGGGUGCGUGCUCAGUCCCCUCCUGUACUCCCUGUUCACCCAUGACUGCAUGGCCAGGCACGACUCCAACACCAUCGUUAAGUUUGCCGACGACACAACAGUGGUAGGCCUGAUCACCGACAACGAUGAGACAGCCUAUAGGGAGGAGGUCAGAGACCUGGCCGUGUGGUGCCAGGAUAACAACCUCUCCCUCAACGUGACCAAGACAAAGGAGAUGAUUGUGGACUACAGGGAAAAAAAGAGGACUGAGCACGCCCCCAUUCUCAUCGACGGGGCUGUAGUGGAACAGGUUGAGAGCUUCAAGUUCCUUGGUGUCCACAUCACCAACGAACUAUCAUGGUCCAAACACACCAAGACAGUCGUGAAGAGGGCACGACAAAGCCUAUUCCCCCUCAGGAGACUGAAAAGAUUUGGCAUGGGUCCUCAGAUCCUCAAAAAGUUCUACAGCUGCACCAUCGAGAGCAUCCUGACUGGUUGCAUCACCGCCUGGUAUGGCAACUGCUCGGCCUCCGACCUCAAGGCACUACAGAGGGUAGUGCAUACGGCCCAGUACAUCACUGGGGCCAAGCUUCCUGCCAUCCAGGACCUCUAUGUCAGGCGUUGUCAGAGGAAGGACCUCAAAAUUGUCAAAGGACUCCAGGCACCCUAGUCAUAGACUGUUCUCUCUGCUACCGCACGGCAAGUGGUACCGGAGCGCCAAGUCUAGGUCCAAAAUGCUUCUCAACAGCUUCUACCCCCAAGCCAUAAGACUCCUGAACAGCUAAUCAUGGCUACCCAGACUAUUUGCACUGCCCCACCACCCCCACCCCAUCUUUUUACGCUGCUGCUACUCUGUUAAUUAUUUAUGCAUAGUCACUUUAACUCUACCCACAUGUACAUAUUACCUCAACUACCUCAACUAGCCGGUGCCCCCGCACAUUGACUCUGCACCGGUACCCCCCUGUAUAUAGCCUCCCUACUGUUAUUUUAUUUAACUUCUGCUCUUUUUUUCUCCACUUUUUUGUUGUUGUUUUAUUUUACUUUUUUAUAAAAAAAAGAAAUGCAUUGUUGGUUAAGGGCUGUAAGUAAGCAUUUCACAGUGAUGUCUACACCUGUUGUAUUCGGCGCAUGCGGCAAAUACAAUUUGAUUUGAUUUGAUUCUGUUCUUGCAGAAUAUUCACAGGUUCUACCAGACUGGAUGGUAAUGCAAUUGGUGAGUGUUCUAAAUCGGAACUGAAUUCAAUGACAGUAUCUGAUUACAUCCUUAUCCGAUGAGGAUGUAUUGGCAUUGUGCCAUGGUGGUCCCGAUCGUUGACUAACGCUGGUUUCUCUGUGUUCUCAGUGGACUUUGUGCGCUGGUUGUGUGCUGUGUCUAUGGAUGAGCUGGCCUCGCCCACACACCCCCGCAUGUUCAGCCUGCAGAAGAUAGUGGAGAUCUCCUACUACAACAUGGGACGUAUCAGACUGCAGUGGUCCAGGAUCUGGGAGGUCAUUGGAGACCACUUCAACAAGGUGGACAUCUUGGGAUUUAUUUCAGUGCUUAAAGCAGGGGUACACAACUCUGGUUGUCAGGGUCUGCUGUUUUUCUUUUCUCUGCAUUAAUUGAUCAAUUCAUGUUGUUGUUGGCUAGAGCAGUGUUUCCCAACUCCAGUCCUCCAGUACCCCCUAACAGAACACAUUUUUAUUGUAUCCCCGGACAAGCACACCUGAUUCAACUUGUCAACUGAUCAUCAAGCCCUAAAUGAGUUGAAUGAGGCGUGCUUGUCCAGGGCUACAAUGAAAAUGUGUACAGUUGGGGGUACUGGAGGGCCAGGGUUGGGCAACUGGGCUAGAGAGCCCACACACCUUAAUCAGGUGUUAAUCAGUCUUUGUAACAUUGCCCUCAGGAACACCUGGCUUAAAAAAUCAAAUCUAAAGGCUUUAGUAUUUCACUGAUUUCUGCUCCGUUUCUCGAGUGGAGCAUGUCUUAUUUAGCAGGGCAUGUUUUUGAGUGGGGUCUAGCUUAUCAGGGAGGACAGAAGUGUUAAAAUAGGCUAUUACCCUUACAAAAAAAGAUUGCAGUUUUGAAACUGCAGUAAAAGUGCUGUAACUGCAGUCAACUAUGGUAUUUUGGACGCAGUAAUUGCAGUAAAUAAAACAGUGUUAUUUUGGCAUCAGUAUUUGCAGCAUACUGCAGUUAUACUGCACUCUAACUGCAAUCUUUUUUCAUAAGGGAAAUAUUAGAGAUGGGCGGAGAUUGUAAAUGUUACAGAGGAUGUUCAAUGUUAGUGAGUGGGGUAGAGAUAUUAAACUUCUCUCUGUCUAUCUGUUCAGGUUGGAUGCAACCCCAAUGAGGACGUGGCUAUCUUUGCUUUGGAUUCUCUCCGGCAGCUGUCCAUGAAGUUUCUAGAGAAGGGAGAGCUGGCAAACUUCAGAUUCCAGAAGGACUUUCUGAGGCCUUUCGAGCACAUCAUGAAAAAGAACAGGUAAAGAGGAUGUUGCCUUAAACUUUAUUCCUGAUUUGAAUCCUGUGAGUGUGUUUGUGUGUACGUGUGUUAAGCAUAAUUGCAUGAAUGUGCUUGUGGUUGUGCUUGCUUGCUUAGGUACGUGCAGGGGCGCAACAUUCACUGGGGAAGGGGGGAUAUUGCAUUUUUCUCCUCCCCAGUUUUAUCAGUUGUAAUGUGAUAUAAAACCAGCCAACGGUGUGCUUUAGGACCAUGUGGCCGCCUCCGAGCGGUUGGGUAGGCUGUUUGGAGUGUUUAUCCGACUGGAUACAUUUAUUUAUUUAUAAUUAUGUCCCCCCCCACUUCUAAAACCAAAGUUGGGCCCCUGGGUACACGUAUGGUGGUAUAUGUACACACAAGCUGGUUGCCUAGGCGCUUGGCUGUGGUAGUCUGGCCUCACAAGGUCUGUAUUGUGUUGUACCUCUGUGGUUCACAUUUCAGCACCUAUCUCGCUUAGUGCUGCAGUCAGCCAGUCUCCCUGUACUCCCUUAUGGAAAAAACACAUGAAUUUCACAUGUGAACACGUGAAGUGUUCCGAAUACAACAUGUUUGUGAUCACGUGAAAUGAAUGUGAUAGCAUGUGACAUGUAAAGCAACAUGUGAUAACAUGACACUACACAUGUGAUCACAUGUGAAGUGUUCCAAAAACGGGAAAUCAUGUGAUUUGAGCACUAGAAUAGCACUCUGGCAAGCUGUGACAGAUACAGUUGAUUCAAAUUGGAGGACUCAAUCUGUUUUCAUUGACGUGAAGGAGAACUACCAGUCCCAAAUCCAACCACUGGCUUACUGUGAGAAGAGUGUUACAGCUCAGAGGAAAUGGCAGGGAGCCACGUAAAGACAUGGACGCCCCGCGGUGCUAUGUGUUCAUUAGACUCAGCCUGUGUGUUUGUAUAGUAUGUUUGUGAGUGUACUUUUGUGCAGAGGCUGGUCCUCUCUCAUUCUUCAAAGCACUGAAAAAAUUGGCCAGCUGUUCGCUAUGACAACAGUCGCCGUCGGAAACCAGCAUGUCACAACAUCCGAAAGGGAAGAAUGAGACUGCCUGAAUAAAGGGCUGUAGCAUUGAUGAUCCUCCUCAUAGACCAACUUUCUUUCACAUACAGUAUAACCCAUAUGUCCUCCUCCUGCUCCUCCAGAUCUCCAACAAUCAGGGACAUGGUGGUGCGCUGUAUAGCCCAGAUGGUCAACUCACAGGCGGGAAACAUCCGGUCAGGCUGGAAGAACAUCUUCUCAGUGUUCCACCUGGCUGCCUCGGACCAGGACGAGAGCAUCGUAGAGCUAGCAUUCCAGACCACAGGGCACAUCUCCAGUGAGUUACUGAGACAAACACACACACACACCUCGGGCUAAGAACUGAUCUUUGAUAUCUGAUCUGUAUUAUCUCUAUCUUUUAAGAUUUUAUUUUCAAUAUGAUGGUUUCAGUAUUAGAUUAAUAUUGAAUCAUCAAUUUGAGGUUUAGUUUAGUAUUUUUGAUGACAGGGCCAUGGAAUGUAAUUCUGAUUGACAGAUCAGUUAACUUUAGUCAUCAGAUUUCAAUUUGAUCCAUUUCCUCUGAUCUUCUUACAUUUUAGUCAUUUAGCAGACUCUCUUAUCCAGAGCGACUUAGUUUUUUCUUCUCUUCUCUCAGCGAAUGUAUUUGAGAAGCACUUCCCAGCCACCAUAGACUCCUUCCAGGAUGCAGUCAAGUGUCUAUCUGAGUUCGCCUGCAACGCCUCCUUCCCCGACACCAGCAUGGAGGCCAUCCGCCUCAUCCGACACUGCGCCAAAUACGUCUCUGACAGGCCCCAGGUCGGUUACAAACACACCCUGGACUGGGUUUAUUACCAGGUCUCAUAGUUAAGAGCUGAACCCAAAUCAGUCAUCGCUGAACAUCAAAUGGUACUGCCCACAGUUGUUCAUGUUAGACCAUGACUGGUCGCCAAACAUUCAUAUUUUUCUUGUGACUGGUGCUUACUGCCAGUGCUUUUCCUCAAGGUCUCGUCCCUGUACUCUCCAGCCCCACUGCCUUCUUUCUAUUUGUUUGUGUGGGGGUGGAUAAGAGGAGGGGGUUAGGUGUGUGUGUGUGUGGCGUGAGAUGAGUGGCCGCAUGGGCAGCAGGGCAAAUUCAGGGAAAGCUUCCAGUGAACCGUACAUACGGCUUAGACCGUUAAAAUUUUAGUUUGUUGGCGCUUGUCCGUGUAUCACACAUCAGGACAUGGUGGUAAACGAUCCUGUUUUCUCUCUGGCAGGCGUUCAAAGACUACACCAGCGAUGACAUGAAUGUAGCCCCAGAGGACCGGGUGUGGGUGAGGGGGUGGUUCCCCAUCCUCUUUGAGCUGUCCUGCAUCAUCAACAGGUGUAAACUGGACGUUAGGACCAGGUGAGAAGAGUUUCAGUCCUGUGCCAUCCUAGAUGGGAAUAUUAAGUCUGAACUGAUGGUUUGGGUGUACUGUUCAGUAAAAGUGUGUGUGUGUGUCAGGGGUCUGACGGUGAUGUUUGAGGUGAUGAAGACCUAUGGACACACCUUCGAGAAACACUGGUGGCAGGAUCUGUUCAGAAUCGUCUUCAGGAUCUUUGACAACAUGAAGCUACCUGAGCAACAAACUGAGGCAAGUUUCCACAUCCCAAACACCCAUUCACCAAAGACCCAGCUUUAUCUCACGUGUAACCAACGCCUAUUUCUAUAUGUACACCAUUGGUUCCACAAUUUACAGCACCAAUCCAUGUGUUCAACUAGUAUCCAGUACCAACUGCUACAAUGACUAGAUGAUGCCCAGAGGCACUGGUGUAACCGUGGUAACCCUUCUGUGUUGUUUUGGUCUGCCAGAAAGCAGAGUGGAUGACGACGACCUGUAACCACGCACUUUACGCCAUCUCUGACGUGUUCACGCAGUACUUUGAGUCGCUCAGUGACGUCCUGCUGGAUGACAUCCUGGCCCAGCUGUACUGGUGUGUUCAGCAAGGUGAGGAAUGACAGCCACCUUCAGUCCUAGGCUUAUACUGAGUACACCUCAAUCCAGUGGAGGCUGCCGAGGGGAGGACGGCUCAUAAUAAUGUCUGGAACGGAGCAAAUGGAAUGGCAUCAAACACCUGGAAACCAUGUGUUUUGUGUAUUUGAUACCAUUCCACUGAUUCCGCUCCAUUCAUUACCAUGAGCCCGUCCUCCCCAAUUAAGGUGCCACCAACCUUCUGUGCCUCAAUCCCUCUUAUGCAUAUUUCCUAUUUUUUCUUUAAGGAGUGGGGCAUUUUUUGGUUUAUUGGAUAGGACGGAGGUAGAGAGGAUAGAGGAGUGUAGUGAAAUAGCAGUAGGAUGGAUUGGAACCCAUGUUGCAGCAGAAUAUGUGAUCCAGAGGCUUAUGGACUGCUAAACCACCGUAGCACACUUCCUCUUAUUUUCAACCCCCUCUCUGCUCCCGUUCUCCUCCUCUCUCCACAUUAAUAGACUCUUCUUUCUCUCUCCCUCACUUAUUCUCUCCUCUCUCUCUUCUUCCCUCCUCUCCCUCUCGGCCUAGAUAAUGAGCAGUUGGCCCGGUCAGGCACAAACUGUCUGGAGAAUGUGGUCAUCCUGAAUGGAGAGAAGUUUACUCCGGAGACCUGGGACAAGACCUGUAACUGCAUGCUGGACAUCUUCAAGACCACCAUCCCACACGCGUAAGCUACUGAUGCAGGCUUUAUUCAUAUCGCUGAGAUUCAGCUGUGAAUAUUGUCCGUGAUGAUUGUGUUAUUGCUGACCAUAGUGAUGUAAACAUGGAGCGCACUGAGAUCAUAUGAAGAAACAUCCAAUAAGAAGGGAUGGGAGAGGAGGUAUUGAAUGGACCUGGUCACUUCUGCCAUUGUUUAGUUAAUAGAGUGAUAUCUGACUGUCUGUGUAUGUUAUAACACUGUCAUGCUGUGUAGAAGUAGAGUAACACUGUCCUGUCCCAUAUUGUUCCUCUGUCAGGCUGUUGACAUGGAGACCGGCAGGAGCAGAGGGAGAUCCCAUGUCACCACAGGACGUAUCAGACAAACAGCUGGUAUGGUUCAAACCCUGAUUGUACUGUAGGUCUUCCAUUCAGUCUGCUAUCUUAUGCCUGAUUAGACCGUACAACAACAUAACCCAGAACCAUGCAGACAAAAUAACUUCUCCCCAUGUGCCCUCAGGACUCAAUUUCCCAGAAGUCAGUGGACAUCCAGUCCCAUUCCGAAGACCCGCAUUCCAUCAACAGUGCAGAGAGGGUUGCCAUGGAGACCCGGCGGCAGAGUCAGUACAGCGUAGGCAUGUAUGAGGACGGCCCCAGAAACAGGACCCCAACAAGUUACUGUCUCUCUCACUUUUACCACUUUUACGCCUUGUACCACUUGAGUGUUUUUCAACCUUAUACUCAUUGUGUGUGUGUGUGUGUGUGUGUGUGUGUGUGUGUGUGUGUUCCACAGAGAUCCAGGAGCAGAGGUUAUUUUCAGCCCUACUCAUUAAGUGUGUGGUGCAGUUGGAGCUGAUCCAGACCAUAGACAACAUGGUCUUCUUCCCUGCAACCAGUAGGAAGGAGGAUGCUGAGAACCUGGCUGCUGCACAGGUAACGUCUCAUUCCCACCCCUACGUGGAGGAUGAGAUUUAUCACUGGUUCAGAACUUUGGGGAAGGACACAUUUCUUGCCAAAAUGUUUGUUCUUGCCAGAUUAAUUUUUAGUAGUUUGGCUGGAUGGACUGAUCAUUGAAAAUAUUAAAGGUAUCUACUGCAGCGUUUCCCAAACUCGGUCCCAAGGGGUGCACGUUUAGGUUGUUGUCCUAGCACUACACAGCUGAUUCAAAUAAUGAACUAAUCAUCAAGCUUUGAUUAUUUGAAUCGUGCUAGGGCAAAAACCAAAACGUGCAGCCCUUGGGGUCCCCAGGACCAAGUUUGGGAAACGCUGAUCUACUGUAUGUUCUUAUUAUAGUAGAUGUUAGGGAAGGAGGAAAGCAUUAUCAUUGACAACAAAGAUGUGAGAAGGCUCUGUAUGUGUAUAAAGGUUGUGUAUGUGUGUUGGUCCUCUCCAGAGAGAUGCUCUGGACACAGCAGAUGUACUUGUGGAGACCCAGGACCAGGGAAUGUACCGCUACCUGACCUCAGAACAGCUGUUCAAGCUGCUAGACUGCCUGCUGGAGUCCCACCGCUUCGCCAAAGCCUUCAACGCCAACAAUGAGCAGAGGACCACUCUCUGGAAGGCAGGUGGGUCACUACACCAGAACAGAGGCGGCUAUACCAGCGUCCAUCUGUGGCUCUGCAGUGCACCACCCAAGGAAUCUGCUUGAAUGACAUGAUGUAGAAGAGUGAAGUUAUGAGUCUCAAAUGGAACUCUUUGAACAAUUGGAACAAUGGCCCCCGUUUGUACUACCUAAUGUUGAUUGGCCUCUCUGUGGCUGUAACGGGCAGUAACCUUUCUCUCUCUCUCUCUCUCUCUCUCUCUCUCUCUGUCUCUCUGUCUCUGUGUCUGUCUGUUCCAGGUUUUAAAGGGAAGUCGAAGCCCAAUCUGCUGAAGCAGGAGACCAGCAGUCUGGCGUGUGGCCUGAGGAUCCUGUUCCGGAUGUACGCUGACGACAGCCGUCAGACUGCCUCGGAGGAGGUCCAGAGACGGCUGCUCAAGUAAGGAAGGACCGCCACGCCCCACCACCAUAUCACUGAAUGGAGGCUGUCAAACUAUACAAAUGCCCUCUGCAGUUCUGUUCUGCUACUUCCUGUUGUGUUCUGCUCCUUUCACCAUGUCACGACAAUCCCUAAUCAUCCUCUCACUGCACACACAACCCUGUAAUGGUAGUCAAUGGUAGUCACAUAUGUCUGAAGGAUGCCCAGAAUGUGCUCUCGAUUUUCACAAAAUAUUUUAUAACUAAUUUGCUGCUUUGUUGUGGAUGGAACUCUCUGCAAACGUUACUUUUAUUGAAAUCCUAUAAAUGGAACAUCUGGAUUUAAGAACCAGGCAGGCAGCAAUCUACCAGAACAAACAACUUUCAUUAUUUUUCAUGAAGGGGAGCAAGGGCAUGUCAGACGCCUUCUAUUUCUGAAGGGCUGCUGGGAGAGGGCAGGGUUUCAUCAGUCCAUGUAAUUAGAGGGGAGCAGGAUUUAUUGGGGACACACACACACACACUUCUCGAUACGACACCGGUGAUCUGUCCUGACCCUGAUCACCGCUGUCUGAGAGACUGAGACAGAGUCACGCCUCUGUUUAUGCCAACUAGGGAAUAGAGGAGUCACAGUCGCUGACGCAAAAUGUAAUUAUCCACCAAAGCGGGAGGGGAAUCAAAAUAAAUUGGUCCUGAAAGAGAAUGAUUGAGUCAGAUUGUGUUGAUGUCGCUGUAUCGCCAACAGUCGAUGACUCCCACUCUCUCCACUCAUUUAGAGCGCCCGUCUAAAUGUGACAGAUAUCUGAAAUGGUCUGGAAUGGAUAGUGGGUAUUGUAUAUGGAUCCACAAACAGACAGGAUGCCGCUGUUAUUACUGAGUCAACACAGUUGUCAUCGCCUUGUCUCUAAUUAGAGUAUCACAAAGUAGCUAUCAUCUUGUCUCUUUCAGAUUUACUUUGUAUUGAAGGCAGUGUCUAGGUUAGCAGAAAACUCUUAGGUUGUCGGUCUCUAUGUGCAUUUGUGUGUGUGUGUGAGAGAGAGAACUGAAUUGCACUGUCAUAAAGAUGUGCAACAAACUCACACACACCACACAAGCAUAGCAUAGCAUGCUAGAAGAGAGGGCAGCAGUUAUGCAGGGUUGAUUAUGGCAGUGUUCUUAAGAGAACUAAGCAGAUUUGGGAGGUGAUUAGGUCAUGGAGAGUAGGGGAACUGUGAAGAUGUAAAGAGAGGAGGUGAUGGGGAGGGAUGAAGGGCUGGUAGAUGGCGGUUCUGAGGAAAGGUCCAGGGUGAGGGCUAGAGGACAAUGCUGAGGUCACGGCUGCUCCUCUCCCUGUGGCUGGUCAACUCGGCAAAUCAUUUCAUGUUGGCAGUGAAAUUAGUCUUGGUGCUAAUUAAUUAGUGAUCACAUCUUAAUUCUGUGUCACUGAACAGUUUUCAUAUGGCUAAUGAGUCACUUUAUCAUGAUAUCUCCCUUUUUCCCUCUAGUGUGUGCAGUGAGGCAGUAGCCUACUUCCUGACUCUAACAUCAGAGAGCCACAGAGAAUCCUGGACCAACCUGCUCCUCCUCUUCCUCACCAAGGUCCUGAAGAUCAGUGACGACAGGGUAAGGAUCUCAACCAUUAACAACAUUGACAGGCCAUUGAUUUGGUCAAGUCAUUGUCAGUGACAUGUUCAAGGAGCCCUAACCCCGUCUUCGUAUGGAUAUCAAUCUGUAUGAAGAUGUUUUAUGUCUCUCUUUUGGUCCCCAGUUCAAGGCCCAUGCGUCCAGGUACUACCCUCUGCUGUGUGAGAUCAUGCAGGUUGAUCUUAUCCCAGAACUGCGGUCCGUACUGCGGAAGUUCUACCUACGCAUCGGGUUCGUGUUCCAGAUCGCCCAGCUACCUGACACCUCCCAGCCAGAACAGGAACCAGAACCAGGGCUUGAAGUGGAAGUGGAGGUGGAGAGAGGGAAGGUGGCUGGAGAGCAAGCCCAGUGA